GCGCCGGCGGCGUCUCCACCUCCUUCCCUCCAGGUGGCUCGCUUGAAGGCGAGAGAAAGCGGCGCGCUUCGUGCUGGCGGAGGCGACCGCGAGCGAAGGGAUCCAGAUGUGGAGUGGCCAGCUGCGCCUUCGCCUCCGCAGAACGAGGACGCAACUGCAGUAAUGAAGCCUUUUGUUACUUCCACCUCUGGGAUUAUUGCAUUUCUGUUGACAUUGGUACGAUGGAGUCAUGGCAAAUGUAAAGAAGCAAGUUUAAGACCAGAGAUGAAUCUGAACGUCAACUAUCAGCUCCCUAGCUUCACUGCAGAAACUCCAGUACAAAAUAUAGUUUUGUACCAGCAUCAUAUUUAUGUUGGAGCAAUCAACAAAAUCUACGCCUUAAAUGAAAGCCUUCACAAUGUUUUUGUGUACAAGACUGGACCUGUGCUGGAGAAUCCUGGCUGUGCCCCCUGUGAAGAUUGUAAACAUAAAGUAAACCAUUCCAGUAGCACUUGGAAUGAUAACCGCAACAUGGCUUUGCUUUUAGAAACUUACUAUGAAGAUCAGCUCAUCAGCUGUGGUAGUGUGGCAAAAGGAACUUGCCUACGCCAUGUAAUUCAUGCUAAUAACCCUGCUGAUAUUGGAAAGGAUGUGGAGUGUAUGUACUCAAUGCAGGUGUAUGAUGAGUCAGGCCAGUGUCCAGACUGUGUGGUAAGCCCUUCAGGAACUAAAGUUCUGGUAACAGAAAAGGACAGGUUUGUGAACUUCUAUGUAGGAAAUACAGUAGCGAAUUCAUCUCAGCCAGACCAUUUACUUCAUUCAGUAUCUGUUCGAAGAUUAAAAGAAAGCUUAGAUGGAUUUGAGUUUCUCACAGCUGACUCAUAUAUUGAUAUCCUUCCACAAUCCAGGGAUUCCUACCCCAUUAAAUAUAUUCAUGCAUUUGAGAAGGACCACUUUGUAUACUUCCUUACUGUCCAGAAAGAAUCUCUUGAUUCCCAGGCUUUUCACACAAGGAUCGUACGGUUCUGCUCUUUAGAUUCCGAGUUGCGUUCAUAUAUGGAAAUGCCACUUGAGUGCAUGUACACUGAAAAACGUAGGAAGAAGUCAACCAAGCAGUCACAUGAGGUCUUCAAUAUUCUACAGGCUGCAUAUAUUGGUAAGCCAGGAGCAGCCUUAGCCCGGGAAAUGAACCUUGAUAUGAAAGAUGACAUUUUGUAUGGUGCUUUUGCUCAAAGUAAACCAGACUCUUCAGAACCGUCUCAUAAAUCUGCUGUCUGCUUAGUCUCGAUUAAAACCAUCAAUGAAUUCUUCAGCAAGAUUGUAGACAGACAAAACAUGAAAUGUCUUCAGCAUCUCUAUAGAAAGGACAGCAAGUACUGCUUGAACAGGUCUUUUUCGAGAAAUGCCUCUUCUUGUGGAGCGCAGGAUGAUGAGUAUCGAGUGGAGGUUACAAUGGCCUUGCAGCGGAUUGACUUGUUUGCAAAACAGUUCAACAGUGUCUUGUUAACUUCCAUAUCUGUCUUCACUAAAGGAGAUCUUACUAUAGCAAACCUUGGGACAUCUGCAGGCCGCUUCAUGCAGAUAGUGAUUUCUCGUUCAGCACACACAACACCAUAUGUGAACUUCCAACUAGAUGUUCAUCCUGUUUCUCCAGAAGUUAUAAUUGAAAAUUCACUGGCCAAUAAUGGAUAUAUCUUGGCAGUCACUGGGAGUAGGAUAACAAAGAUUCCGCUAAAUGGACCAGGUUGUAAUCAUUUCAGUACCUGCAGUCAGUGCCUUUUGUCACCUUCCUUCAUGAAGUGUGGUUGGUGCAGUGAUCGGUGUACACGAUCUGGCGAGUGCAGUGUAGGAGUGUGGACACAAGAGACCUGUUUACCCAGAAUUGAUGAGAUUCUUCCAAGAAAUGUACCUUUUGACAGUGCCUCUCGACUGACGCUAUGUGGUUGGGACUUCGGAUUCAGCAAAAAUAAGUUCAGUUUACAAACUGUGUCGGUUCUUAUUGGUGGACAGCGAUGUAUCCUGGAUGUCAAAGCAAGUGACAAAAACAAACUGGAAUGUACACUUGGCGCUGUAAAGAAUACAAGUUUUAAUGUUUCAAGCACUGUUUCGAAUGGACGAGCUAAUAUUUCCGUCAGUACAUUCUCUUAUGUGGAUCCUACAAUAAGAAGUAUCUCACCCAGCUACGGCCCAAAAUUUGGUGGGACAUUGCUGACGUUAACUGGGGAAUACCUAAACAGUGGGAAUUCUCAAGAGGUUUUCGUUGGUGAAAAGCAGUGUAACAUAACAAGAACGUCUGACAGCGCCAUAGAGUGUAACACCCCUAAACAAGGAGACCAGUCAGAGUAUCUUGUUAAAGUGAAAAUUGAUACAGUCUUCCGUUCUGCGGGUCAUUUUAUGUACAGAGAAAACCCUGCUGUGUAUAGAAUUUAUCCAGCCAAAUCCUUUCUUAGUGGUGGAAGCACAAUUACAGCUCAUGGGAUCAACCUGAAUUCAGCCUUCUCUGCCAAGAUGGUUGUAACAGUCCCUAAACUACACAGGAACUUUACUGUGGCAUGUAGCCAUCGCUCCAAUUCUGAGAUAAUUUGCUGCACAACUCCUUCACUAAAACCCUAUAAUCUGACACUGCCUUUUGCAACAAAAGUGUUUUUCAUUUUUGAUGGUGUCAACUCAUCACGUUUUAAUUUUGAUUAUGUGAAUGACCCCAGCUUUACAUUUUCUGAAAUACCAGUGGUGAUUUCUAAAGGAAACCAUAAUAUAGUAAUUAAGGGAAAUAAUAUUGACUCAGAAGCUGUUAAAGGUGAACUCCUAAGGGUUGGAAACAAGAGUUGUGAAAAUAUCACCUUGAAGUCGCAGUCUGUUUCUUGCGCUGUUCCCAUAGAACUGCUGAAAUCCAAAAGUCAACUCAAUAUAGAGUGGAAGAGAGAAGUUUCAUCAGCACUUAUUGGGAAAGUAAUGGUUCUGCCAGAUCAGAAUUUUAAAGGGCUCAUUGCUGGAGUUGUGUCAUUAUCCAUUUUUCUUUUCGUCUUGUUUUUUGGGCUUUUCCUGUGGAGAAGAAAGAGAAAGCAAAUCAAAGACUUAGGCAGAGAGAUUGUGCGCUACGAUGGAAGAGUGCACACUCCUCACUUGGACAGGCUUGUCAGCGCAAGGAGUGUGAGUCCCACGACGGAAAUGGUGUCGAGUGAAUCUGUGGAUUACAGAUCCACUUUUCUAGAAGAUCAGUUUCCAACUUUAUCUCAGAAUGGAUCGUGCAGGCCAGCCCAGUAUCCUCACACAGAUUUAUCACCCAUUUUGUCUACUGGAGACUCUGAUUUAGCUAGCCCACUGCUGCAGUCAAAUGUCCAUAUUGACAUCAGUGCCUUAAAUCCAGAUUUGGUCAAAGAAGUUGAGCAUGUGGUGAUUGGCCCUGAUAGCUUGAUGGUGCAUUUCAGUGAAGUAAUAGGAAGAGGACACUUUGGUUGCGUCUAUCAUGGGACUUUACUGGAUACUGAUGACAACAAAAUUCAUUGUGCCGUUAAGUCCUUGAAUAGGAUUACAGACUUGGAUGAAGUUGCCCAGUUUCUGAAAGAAGGGAUCAUAAUGAAAGAUUUCACUCAUCCCAAUGUCCUAUCACUUCUUGGAAUUUGCUUGCCCAGUGAAGGUUCUCCAUUGGUGGUGCUUCCAUACAUGAAACAUGGAGAUCUUCGAAACUUCAUUAGGAAUGAGACUCACAACCCAACAGUAAAGGAUUUGAUUGGCUUUGGCUUGCAAGUGGCAAAGGGGAUGAAAUACCUUGCAAGCAAGAAAUUUGUCCAUAGAGACCUGGCAGCAAGAAAUUGCAUGCUAGAUGAAAAAUUCACUGUCAAGGUUGCUGAUUUUGGCCUCGCUCGAGAUGUCUAUGAUAAAGAGUACUACAGCGUACACAAUAAAACAGGAGCCAAACUGCCAGUAAAAUGGAUGGCCUUAGAAAGUUUGCAAACUCAGAAGUUCACUACAAAGUCAGAUGUGUGGUCCUUUGGAGUAUUACUUUGGGAGCUGAUGACAAGAGGGGCCCCACCCUACCCAGAUGUCAACUCUUUUGAUAUCACUAUUUAUUUGCUACAAGGAAGAAGGCUCUUGCAGCCUGAAUAUUGCCCAGACCCACUAUACAAAGUCAUGCUUAAAUGUUGGCAUCCCAAACCUGAAUUACGACCAGCGUUCUCUGAGCUAGUUUCAGAUAUAUCAACCAUCUUCACCACUUUUGUCGGGGAACAUUAUGUUCAUGUGAAUGCUACCUAUGUCAAUGUGAAGUGCAUUGCACCUUAUCCUUCUCUUCUGUCAUCCCAAGACAACAUUGAUCGGGAUUUAGAUACAUGACCAGAUAUAUUUUACUAUACAACCAGGGGAGGAAGAAGAAUCCUAAAAAGCAAAUCACUUUUUUGCCGCCUGAUUGAUGUAAAAGCACUGUUGUAUGUGUCAUACAAAUUGCACUAUUUCAAGGAGACAGUUUCAUGUUGCUGAAAGCUAUAGCAGUUUGUACUGUCCACUGUUACCACAAUAUCUUAUCUCUUGCCAGCUGUUCUUCAUUUGUGACCAAUCCAGCUGGUGUUAUAAAUUAUACUGUGUACAACUGAUGAAUUCAGAGAGUCUUCAGUAAUGCAAAGUGCCAGGCACUGGAGAAUGAAUUAUCCCUAUUGGUGCCUGUAGUCAGCAUUUUUGUUGUUGUUGUUGUUGCAUAAGUGCCAAGCCAGAUAAUGACUAUUCCAGGAUUGCAAAAAAAAUUCUCAUCUGUAUUUCAUAAGGUUUGCUUUGCUUGCUCUAUCAGUCUUGGCUAUUUAAAAAGCAUUUUCUUGGUUGUCGGGGGGAAUAACCACUUUUUUGUGAAUGAUCUAAACAUCCUAGGUCACAGUUUUAUUACAUGAUGAAAAUACUGCAGCAGCUUUGUGGAAUCAAAGGCACUGCAAAUAGAAAAUAGAACUCUUCCAUCUAGCAUUAUGGUGAAGAAUGCCUGUUAAACCAGUUUGCCAAAGAGUGGUCAUUUGUAUUCCAGAGUUAGAUUAAGAAAUCAUAGUUAAAACAAUUCAGAAGUUCAGAGUGGGCAGCUACAGCUGAAGAAACUAAAGGAUGAGUUCAGCCAACUCGGAACCAAAAGAAGUGCAACACUGCGUGAUUGUUACUAGUCUGGGCAAUGCCAUACGCAAGUGGAUGAUAACAUCAAGAAGAGAAUGUGAUGCAACUGAUAGCUGCUUGUUGCAUUCAGCUGGUUCUGCAGUUGUGACAUGACCAAAUUAAAGGAGGACUUUAAAGAGAGCUGAAGCUUUUGAAACAAAUAUGCAGUCGUGCUCUUAAUGUUAGAUCAAGCAUCAUGUUUCAAUUUCUGUUCCUGUGGAAUUAUGUGCAUACUACUGUAUAGAGUGUCUGGUGUUGACAAAUAGCUAGUUUUGUUGGUGUAAACCUUUUCAAAGCAUUCUAUUUUUAUAUGGGGAAAGUUUUAUUUUUAAUUAUAUAUCUAUAUGUAUAAAUAGAUACAAAGUUUGUUUAGGCCAUAAAAUAUUGCACUGUGAAUUAUUCAAAAAUGUUUUAUCAGCCUGUGAUUCAUAAGUAGCAAAAGAUGUUCAAAAAUUCUGCUCUGUAAAGACUGGAAAGGUAAAGAGUUUGUUGUAAGCAGUCAUUACCCCAAGUGUUAAAAUCUCCCAAUGCAAGAAAAAAAACACAGCCCUUAAGAUCUUUGAGGAGACAAUGCCUACAGAGAAUCCAAUUCUAAAGGGAAUGUAUGGUUCUUAAGGGACAAUGUCACAUUAAAAGAUUUGGAGUGGACAAGCAAACUGCUUUCUAACAAUACUAGAUUGCAUUAAAUGGCCACAUCCAUUUCCAUGGCAAACACUUCAUGCGUGCUGAGAGCAAUGCUAAUUGUGAACUGCCUAAGCACAAAAAAAAAAAGAUUAAAAAUGAUUUUCAGAGUUAAGGAAACUUGUGAUGCUAAAAGCAGAUAUUUUAAACCUAUGUACACAAGCUUUGAGAGAAACGGGCAGUUGGGAGGAUCAAACAAUUAUACUGUCUUUGAAGAAACAUUAAUGUUUUGUCUGAGAUACUAGUACCUAACGUGUGAUUCUUGUAGAGAUUUUGAUGUUUGUACAUUCAUAUGCCUGCCAAUAAGAUGGAUGGUACUUACAUUUAUAAUUAUGAUGACCUAACAGACUUCUUAGUAAAAAUAAAGUAAAAUAUUUGUAUGCCAA